AUGUCGGACGAUCCAAUUUCUGAUUUCGACAGUAUUGUCUUAGAGACACCGACGCGCAAAGUCGCGAAAAGAAAGAUCGGCGAUGCGACGUCGAAUUACGAAGCAAGCGUUGCAGCGUUCGAGGAAUGCAAUCACGACCUCCUGGCAAUAUCGAAGGAAUUAUUAGACUCCAAGGAUAUCGUCACGAACGACUUCGACCGGCUUAGAGCAGCUGCCGAUAGAAAGUCCCAUGCGGAUAUAUGGCGUCAAAAGAUGUCCCAGAAGAUGAGCAAAUUGCAAAACAAUCUAGCUCAGGCACAAAUAGAGCUGGACAAAGUCACUCCCUACCAGAAAAGAGUCAAUCCAGACAGCAACCCACCUCGAGAGCUUGUCGAAGAUGCUCUCGCAAUCGUUGUCUCGUCCCACAAGAGCCUCGACCCAGCAAGGGGUUUGGACGACAAGGUCCGAAACAUGCUGUUCAACGUGGAGGUCGAACAUCUGCAGCAGGAAGUGGACAGGUUGCAAGAAAAGUGCGCCAACUUCCAGAACCAGAGCCAGAUACGACGCACAGAGACUGGGAACGAGCUCAGCCGAUUAAGAAGCGAGAACGACGAGUUUUCAGCUGAGUUGGUCAAGAUGCGAGAUGAACGGGAUAAGCACCGCAACGACUCUAACUCCCUGAUGGCCGAGCGCGAUGUUCAUAAGCAAGCUAUGAAAAAGAAGCAGAGCGAAGUUAAUGAACUACUCGCCAGCAACAAAGCGUUAGAUGGGUUGAUCUCCAAGGCAGACCGAGAAAAGGAAACUCUUCGGAACCAAGUGCAGAAUCUCAAGAGCGAGUACCGAACUGCAUUUGAGAAAAUCAAAAAGGAUCAUCUGGAAAAGCUCGAGAAGGCAAAGACUUCUCUGGAGCAAGAGCGGAUGCAUCAUGACAGACUGAAGACGGUUACGGCUGAACGAGAGCGGGAAGUUGAGUCUCUUAAAAUUGAGCUGACGACUGUCAACGAGCAGUUGGAAACGGCGCAAUCCACAAGGGAUGCAGAAGUCCGUCGAUUCAAGGCCAAGACAGAGAAACUCAACGAAAGUCUUGAACAAGAGAAGCUCAACCUUGCUGAAAAGACUGCCGAAGCCAGUAAGCUCCGGAAUGAGUUAAACGAGAUGACUGAACAAAUCAGUCAACUCAAAAAGGAUCUCAAGGAUGAGACUGCCAAAGCCAGUCAUCUCCACGCCGAUCUCAAGGACGAGAUUGCAAGAUCCAGUCAACUCCAGACCGCUCUCGAUGAUGAAUCUGCAAAGUCUAUACGACUCCAGACGGAUCUCGAUAGAGCAUGGUCAAAGAUCAAGGAUGAGACUGCCAAAGCCAGUCAUCUCCACGCCGAUCUCAAGGACGAGACUGCAAGAUCCAGUCAACUCCAGACCGCUCUCGAUGAUGAGUCUGCAAAGUCUAUACGACUCCAGACGGAUCUCGAUAGAGCAUGGUCAAAGAUCAAGGAUGAGACUGCCAAAGCCAGUUAUCUCCAGGUCAAUCUCAAGUACGAGACUGCAAGAUCCAAUCAGCUCCAGACAGAUCUCGAUGAGACGAAGCAAUUACACUCUGCCACUUUAGAGAAAAUCAAAGUUGCUAGAGUUCUCGAGCGAAAUGAAGCUACCAAGCUCAAAGAAUCGCUUGAACUGCUCCUCGCGAAUGAGCAUGCGGCAUUGGACAUGGCAGUCAGAAACAACUCGCAACUUGGAAUCCAGCUUAGUACGCUACGGUCCGAGUAUGCGUCUGCAACUGCACGGCUAAAUGCCGCACAGCAGAUUAUUCCGCAGCAGGAUUCUCAGCUAAAUAUAGCUACCGAGAAGAUCCGGGCUCUCGAGACCCGCGUCGCAGAAGAAACGCGCAAGUCGGAAGAAACUGCCGCCCGUUUGGAAUCUGCACAGCAUCAGAUCCAUGAAAAGGAUUCUAAGCUAAGUACAGCUGCGAGGGAUAUCAAGGCUCUCGAGACAAACGUCUCGGAGCAAAAAGUAACCUCUGAUGCUGUAGAGAAAGAACUGCAAUCUGCAAAAAAGCAGAUGCGUCAAAAUGAUGCCGAGAUCGUGACUCUCCGAUUGGCCGUUUCAAAUGAAACGCGUAGAUCGACUACCAACGAGCAAAAUGCUCGUCGGCAGAUGCGGUUCCUAAUCAGAGCCGGUGUCACCGAGGUUGACGAUGUGGCAGCCAACGAGAUUGCUGGCCACAUGAUGAGCUGGACCGGCCAACAAAUCGAGAUUUUAAACAUACAUCUCGAUCAUCAGGUCUGGGAUGUUGCUGUUGAAGAUGAUAGUAAUUACAAAAACGAUUACUCUAAAUCAACAGCAUUUGCCAAUCUCGCACGCCUAUACACGGUAAUUGGCCGUCCAGAUGAGUUCCAUGAGACUUGGAUUCCGUGCAUGUUACUAUCGCAUGUAGUAAAAAUGCUAGUGGUAUCCUGCGACAUCUUUGAUAUCAUCUUGGCGGCGAGAUGUGUGAUCAAGUACCUUGAUCAAGCACCAAUCUCCUCUCCCCGGGGCGUUAUGUACCUGAUGGGAAUGAUACAACUCAACCUGAUCAUUCUAGCAAGAUGCCCAAGAAUUUGGCAAGCUAUUGACACGGACCAAAAUCGAGUUGCGGAGUCCUUCAAGGCUCGGAUACAGUCCGAAACCGACUUCUUCUGCAAAUGCUUACCCUUGGUAACCUUGAACGUAGGACUAUGGGAAGCUCAGCUGGCCGCGUCUUACCAAGAUGACGUGACCUUUACAUCCGGCUGCUACCUCGUCUCAAAUGAAGAGACAAAAUGGGUGCUGAUCGCAAACGUAGACAACAAGUUUAUACACUUGGUUGAUAUUAACCUGCUCGAGCGUAGCUCAAAAGAGCCACUCGCAGACAAUGUCACGUAUAUACUUGCACGUGAAUUCCUCAGGCCAGAGCUUAUACUUAAGCACCUGUGGAAUAGCGACGAAGCCAGAUGGUGGAACCGCUGCAUUAUCCCCAUGGCGGCUGUAGAUUCAACUAUGAGGGAGCUACAAGCCAGGAUAGAAGCCGGGGAAGAUCUUUUCGGAUUGUGGCCGUAG